AUGGAAAAACACUUUCCUAAAAAUGUUAUAAAGAACAUUUCAGAACUUAUUAAUGGUGAAUUGGAUUUAACAGCAGCUAAUGGUACACGAAUUGCGUAUAGUGGUUGGACUGAGAUAGAAGUUAGAUUGAUUUCAUCAAAAGAAAAGGAUCCAUCGGUUAUGGUUCCUUUCUUAGUAACAAACGACAGUUUAGAAUAUCCCAUUCUUGGAUACAAUGUUAUUGAAGAACUAAUCAAGCCGAUGAAUACAUCUGAUAUUCAGUCAGCACAUAUUGCUACAGUACAAGCUAGUUUUCAAGGUUUCGAUGAGAAAGUGUUACUCGAAUUGGUUAGACUGAUACAGACAGCAAGAGCAAAUGAACUAUGCACGAUUAAGAGCCCAAAGAAAGACUUUGUUAUUCCGGCAAAGAAAACAUUUAAAGUUAACUGUCGAGCGAAUACUGGACCGGUAGAAGAAACUACACUUGUAUUGUUUGAACCGGACGAAUUAACGCCCUGGCCAGACGGUUUAUCGGUGCACGAAACGGUAACAACAGUGAAACAAAGCUCAACGUCUCAAGUAAAGAUUGAUGUGACUAAUGCAACUAAUCAUGACAUUGUCGUGCGUAAACACACAGUAUUAGGAAGUCUUCAGUUAAUUAAAUCGAUUACACCUGUAGAAGUGAAGUUGGCAGAAAAGUCAAGCAAAGAAAAAGAACGAACAGUAACAGCCACACAAUCCCAAGUGAAUGCAAUGGCGAAAGAAACUCGAGAACGAGACAAUACAAAUGAUGACCAGUUUUUACCUGAAGUUGACCUUAGUGGAUUAACAGAACGUCAACGUCAAGUGGUUACUAACAUGUUGAAGGAAGAAUGUCACUCUUUUGCAAGAAAUGAUGAGGAUAUCGGUUAUAUCAAAGAUCUAGAACUAGAAAUAAAUUUGACAACAAACGAGCCAGUGCAAAAGAACUAUGUAUCGGUACCAAGACCUCUCUACCCCGAAGUAAAACAGUACAUUGAAGAUUUGUUAAAUAACGUGUUUAUAAGAGAGUCAAAAUCAGCUUAUUCAUCCCCAGUAGUAUGUAUUCGCAAAAAGGAUGGAACUCUGCGACUUUGUGUCGAUUAUAGAGAACUUAACCGUAAGACAGUGCCAGAUAGGCAUCCUAUUCCGCGCGUCCAAGAACCUCUCGAUAGUUUAGGUGGUAACGCUUGGUUUAGUGUAUUGGAUCAGGGUAAGGCGUAUCAUCAAGGAUUUGUAAAACCAUCCUGCCGACCGUUAACAGCAUUUGUGACACCCUGGGGGUUAUAUGAAUGGGUAAGAAUUCCAUUCGGUCUUAUGAACGCCCCAGCAAGUUUUCAGAGAUUCAUGGAACAGUGUUUAGGAGAAUUACGUGAUGAAAUUGCCAUUCCUUAUUUGGAUGAUGUGAUCGUAUUUAGUAGAACAUUCGACGAACAUGUCGACCACUUACGAACA